UCCCUCCCAGGCUGCUCUGCGCCGGCAGCGCUCCGCGCGAUUGGCUGCGCCGCCCCACGUGAUGCCGGGGUGGCGGCAGCGGUUGCCCGGGUGACGGCUGCCGAGGUGGCGGCCGGGCUGGGUGAGCGCGAGUGUCCGCGGCGGAGCAGCAGAGAUUUUUGCUGUGAGAAUUAAUUACCAGUAACAGUUCAAUAUGGGGGACAUUCUGGCUCAUGAAUCUGAAUUACUUGGACUAGUGAGAGAGUAUUUAGAUUUUGCUGAAUUUGAAGACACCUUGAAAACAUUUUCAAAAGAAUGCAAAAUAAAAGGAAAACCAUUGUGUAAAACAGUAGGUGGAUCUUUCAGAGACUCCAAAUCAUUGACAAUUCAGAAGGAUCUUGUUGCUGCAUUUGACGACGGAGACCAGAAGGUGUUCUUCAGUCUGUGGGAGGAGCACAUUCCCAGUUCCGUCCGAGAUGGGGACUCCUUUGCCCAGAAGCUGGAAUUCUAUCUCCACAUCCAUUUUGCCAUCUAUCUUCUGAAGCACUCUGUGGGGAGACCGGACAAAGAGGAGCUGGAUGAAAAGAUUUCUUACUUCAAAACCUACCUGGAGACCAAAGGGGCAGCCUUGAGCCAGACCACAGAGUUUCUUCCUUUCUAUGCCCUUCCUUUUGUUCCCAACCCUAUGGUGCACCCGUCAUUUAAAGAACUCUUCCAGGAUUCCUGGACUCCAGAGUUAAAGUUGAAGUUGGAAAAGUUUCUAGCUUUAAUAUUUAAAGCCAGCAACACGCCAAAGCUUUUAACAAUAUAUAAGGAGAAUGGACAAAGUAACAAAGAAAUGUUGCAGCAGCUCCACCAGCAGCUGGUUGAAGCUGAACGUAGGUCAAUGACAUACCUCAAACGGUACAAUAAGAUCCAGGCCGACUACCACAAUCUUAUUGGAGUCACAGCAGAACUGGUGGAUUCUCUAGAGGCCACAGUCAGCGGCAAGAUGAUCACCCCUGAGUACCUCCAGAGCGUCUGUGUCCGCCUGUUCAGUAACCAGAUGCGGCAGAGCCUGGCGCACAGUGUGGACUUCACGAGGCCUGGGACGGCAUCCACCAUGUUACGAGCCUCCUUGGCACCCGUGAAAUUGAAGGAUGUCCCAUUACUGCCCUCCUUGGAUUAUGAGAAACUGAAGAAGGAUUUGAUUUUGGGGAGUGACCGCUUGAAAGCCUUCUUGUUGCAGGCUCUACGCUGGCGCUUGACCACAUCCCAUCCUGGAGAGCAGAGGGAGACCGUUCUGCAGGCCUACAUCAGCAACGACCUUUUGGACUGUCAUAGCCACAACCAGAGGAGUGUGCUUCAGUUGCUGCACUCCAAGAGUGACGUGGUGCGGCAGUACAUGGCCAGGCUCAUCAAUGCUUUUGCGUCACUGGCAGAAGGUCGCCUCUACCUUGCCCAGAACACAAAGGUGCUGCGGAUGCUGGAGGGAAGACUGAAGGAGGAGGACAAGGACAUCAUCACCAGGGAGAAUGUUCUUGGGGCCCUGCAGAAGUUCAGCCUCAGGCGCCCCCUGCAGACAGCGAUGAUUCAAGACGGCCUCAUCUUCUGGCUGGUUGAUGCUCUAAAGGACCCCGACUGCCUGUCUGACUACACGCUGGAGUACUCGGUGGCUUUGCUUAUGAACCUCUGUCUCCGCAGCGCAGGGAAGAACAUGUGUGCCAAGGUGGCAGGCCUCGUGCUCAAAGUCCUUUCGGAUCUUCUUGGCCAUGAAAACCAUGAGAUACAGCCAUAUGUGAAUGGAGCUUUGUACAGCAUCCUUUCUGUUCCAUCCAUCCGUGAGGAAGCAAGAGCAAUGGGAAUGGAAGACAUCCUACGCUGCUUCAUCAAAGAAGGCAACGCUGAAAUGAUCCGCCAGAUAGAAUUCAUCAUCAAGCAGCUUAAUUCCGAAGAGCUACCAGAUGGUGUUCUUGAAUCUGAUGAUGAUGAAGAUGAAGAUGAUGAAGAGGACCAUGACAUCAUGGAAGCCGAUCUGGACAAAGACGAACUGAUCCAGCCCCAGCUCGGAGAACUCUCAGGAGAGAAGCUUCUGACCACGGAGUACCUGGGGAUCAUGACCAACACGGGGAAGACAAGGCGGAAGGGGCUGGCCAAUGUGCAGUGGAGCGGGGAUGAGCCCCUGCAAAGGCCCGUCACCCCCGGCGGCCACAGAAACGGGUACCCAGUGCUGGAAGACCAUCACACACCUCCCCAGACAGCCCAACACCCCACAAACAGCCACCCGCAGGCCCUGCCAAACCCUCACGAGGCUGUCUACAGGGAGGGCAAGCCCAGCACCCCGGAGUCCCGCGUCUCCUCUUCAUCAGCCAUCAACGCCAAGCCAGGAGAGUGGCUCCCAAGAGCACGCCAGGAGGAGCCUCAUCCGGCCCCCACGGGGACCUCCCGCCAGCCAAGGGAGGCGCCCCAGGACCCAGGCAGUGGAGAGACCACCAGGAAAUGUGCAUCAGCCUUCACCUGCAAGCCCCGGGCCCCCGGCACUCCAGAGAUGCUGGACUGGAACCUACCCAAGGCAAAGGCGUCAGUUCUGGCCCCUCCGUUCUCUUCGUGUGGCCCCCAGCAGGCCAGCCGCCCCAGCUCCACAGCGUCCUCCACAAGGGGCCUGCCGAGCAGCCAGUCUCACAGGAAGUAAGGAUGUCCCCGGGUGUCCCCAUCACGUUGCCGGAGGACCAGCCAGCUUCCCGCUCUCAGCUGGCAGCAGCUGCCAGUGAUGGAUGUAAAGGGACAGUUGUCCACAAGACUCGGGGAGCUGAGGGGAGGCCGGCUCUCCAGGCAGCACCAGACCAAGGCCAUCGCAGCCCCACCGGCUGGGUCACUUUCUCCCGGGGCAGAGCCACCAAGGAGGGCCGGGGAGAGCCUGGAACUGCGUCCUGACGAGGGGGAUUUCCUGCUUACCCUUCACACACACAGGAGGGGGUGGCUUUUGCCCGCGGGAGAUCUUCUGGCCCCAGAAACAGCAGGUGCUGGAUUUGCAGCCCUGGCCCUCCAGGCCCCAACGGGGCGACAGUGUGGGGCCAGCCUGGAGCAGGGCCUUUCCAAGGCUGCUGAAUCCAGCUCUCCUCACUCAGACCGACUACCGGGACCCAGAAGGAACUUAGAUGAAGCUCAUUUUAUUCUCAAGCCUGUGUCUCAGCAGCAAAGUUGGUGUUUUCUUCCUCUGUUAAAAUCUGAGAAAGAAGGCCGGGCGCAGUGGCUCACGCCUAUAAUUCCAUCACUUUGGAAGGCCGAGGCGGGCAGAUCACGAGGUCAGCAGAUCGAGACCAUCCUGGCUAACAUGGUGAAACCCCGUCUCUACUAAAAAAAUAAAAAAAAAUGAGCAGGGCGUUGUGGCAGGCGCCUGUAGUCCCAGCUACUCAGAAGGCUGAGGCAGGAGAAUGGCAUGAAGCCGGGAGGCGGAGCUUGCAGUGAGCCUAGAUCAUGUCCCUGCACUCCAGCCUGGGCGACAGAGCAAGACUCCGUCCCAAAAAAAAAAAAAAUCUGAGAAAGAAUAUGGCGUGCUCCACCCUCUUCAAAGCUCUGUGCCUCUGCACACGUUUUUUGAAGGCCUUAAAAAGGUCACUGGUGUGACCAGGGAGCACCUUCUGCCUCCCUCCCUGCACCAGGACCAUAGACACAAACAGCUCUACCCACAAAGUGGCCCGUCCUGCAGGGCAGGCCUGUGCGCCCCUCACCAGGGCUGUCGUCAGAGUCCAGACUUAGGGCAGAGGAAGGAUGUUUGCCUUCAGGACCAGCAAGUCACAGGUGUCCUGGAUGUUACCCAAGCUCUAAAAUCAAAUAAAACCCAUUGGUAUUUAAUGCUCUGUGUGUGUGUGUGUGUGUGUGUGUGUGUGUGUGUGUGUGUGUGUGUGUGAAGGGAAACGGAAAGCAGAUAAAAGUCAUGUGCCCUCCCCCAGGCACCUGAUCGGCCCACCAGACCCUUCAAUGGGGACAUCUCUGUGGUCCCAGUGGUCGUAAAUAAAGGCUAAGCGCUGGAUUUUUCCACAGCCCCCUGACACCUCAGGAGCGCAGGCAGAGGAGGCAAACAGGAGGCCAGGUUACCCAAGAGAUGACCAGAAGCUCAUCCAGGGCCAGGACCCCGGUUAAUCUUGUGAGUUCUUGGCAGUGGCUCCAGGCUGGGCACAUUAGAUACUGUCGUGUGACUGGCCUGGUAGCCACCUCUUGGUUCUCCGGAAAUGUGUGAGGCCACUCUGUGCUCCGGGAAGAAGGUUGCCGUCCUGACCUAUCAGCCUCCAGGCCCUCUCUGAACUCCUUACUUGACCUGGAGGCUUCGGGAGCAAACCCACAGCUCGCCCCUGGUGUCAGUGGUGCAGACAGAGGAAAAGUACAGAGUUCCCAAAUGCUACUCCUCCGUGGUGAGACUUUGAAAAGGUGUAGAGUGGUUGCAGACGAACAGCGAAGGAGUGAAAUGGAAAAAUCUCUCUCGCUCCCCACAAGAAGUCCACUCCCCUCCGGAUUCCUCAGAUGCCACUGGCUGGCACAGCCUUUCCCGCCCUUGGUGUGGGAGCAGCAGAAAUCCAGGGGAUGGGAGAAUCAUCGGGGUCAGGUCAGUGUCUACCUCGUAUGAAGUCAACAACUACUUUUCCCUCGAGCCUACCAAAGAGCUAAAGUCUGAUCUGUAGUUGUCUGAUGGUUUGAGGAGAAAAGAUAGUCUUUUAGAGAAGUGGGGAGUAUCCAACUUAGGGUCAAAAUACACUGAGAUUAGGCUGGGCGCAGUGGCUCACACCUGUAAUCCCAGCACUUUGGGAGGCCAAGGCAGGCGGAUCACUUGAGGCCUCCAGGAGUUCAAGACCAGCCUGGCCAACAUGGCGAAACCCGGUCUCUACUAAAAUACAAAAAAUUAGCUGGAUGUGAUAGUGUGCACCUGUAAUCCCAGCUACUCGAGGAGGCUGAGGCACAAGAAUCGCUUGAACCUGGGAGAUGGAGGUUGCAGUGAGCCGAGAUCAUGCCCCUGCACUCCAGCCUGGGCGACAGACAGAGACUCCGUCAAAAAAAAAAAAAAAAAAAAAAAAAAAAACAGUUGAGAUUACCAGGUGAGAUACGGGUGGUUCUUCCGGGAAAGUGCUGAAAAUAUCACCCAGGCCUCGGCACCACACCCUGGGAGGGUCCACUCCUGGGCGCACGCCUCUGCAUUCCAACGCUGACAGCUAGAAAUAUACUUUGUAAAAUACCAACAACUUAUUCACAAAUAUUCCAACUAUCUACUGGCUCCAGUGAGCUUGCUGAGGAUGGGUAUGACCAAAGUCUAAGGGGAAAAAAUCGGAAACACAAAUAAACCUGCUUAAAAGUCAGGUCUCCAGAUGGAGAUCCGAGCGGAUGGCUCCUAAGGUUUGCCCCUGAAAACUACCAAGGGAAGCCACAGAGAAGGAUAUUUGGACCUUCUAGAAAAUGGUAAGGCCCCAGGUGGAUUAUGCUUCCUCUGCCCUGGAGGCUGAGCCACCCCUCUGGUUUCUUCUGAGUGGGACUUGAUCUCAUUUCUGCAUUAACAGCAAAGUGGAACUGUCUGGCAAGAGCUUAAAUUAGGACCUGUGGUGGGGACUUUAAUAGGCAGGUGGAGGUUUGAGAUCCAGUUCGCUGCCAGAAAUUAGUCAAUAGGUGAGGAAAGAUUUGACCCAAAUCAAAAGAGCCAAAAAAUAAUAAUAAUAAAAUAAAAAUAAAAAUAAAAAACCCAGAUGAACAAAUAAGG